AUGGAAGAGAACAACCAGACGGAGAGCUGGCACCAAAGCCUGCAGGCAGUGAUUAAUGCCUUAAACCAGACGCUGCACGGGGUCAUCCUGUGCCCUCCUGACCGCUCUGCCACCACAGCUGCUGCCACCCGCAACGCUGAGACCCAUGCAGACCAUCCUGGCCGCAAUGACAAUGCCUACAUGUACAUCCUGUUCGUCAUGACACUCUUUGCUGCCACCGUGGGCAGCCUCAUCCUGGGCUACACCCGCUCUCGCAAGGUGGACAAGCGCAGUGACCCGUACCAUGUCUACAUUAAGAACAGGGUCUCCAUGAUCUGA